AUGGUUAUGCUGAUAUUGGUCGUGAUUCUAACAAAAUAAGUAACUUGGUUCCGCAACGAUACAAUCAAGGAUACAUCUAUCCUACUAGUGAGGUAUCUCCUAUGCCUGCACCAUACACAGAUGUACGUCGCCAACAAAAUAAUCCUACUCGGAUUCCCUCAAAUCGUAUACCAGGUAGUGACAUAUCACGUUACCAACCUACUGUUAAUAAUGUAUCUUUAGAUAGAAAUCCUACUAUAACACGUCAAGCAACAAAUAAUGAUAAUAAUUAUUCACAAAGAGUAUAUCCGAAUAAUGCUUACACGGAUAUACCGAUACCUCCUCGUAGACCACGAUAUGCGAAUCUGGAUCGUUCAUUAUCCGCUAAAAAUUAUACUGAUAACAACCGAAUACCUCCACAAUAUUCAUCACAAUCGACGCCAAUGCCUACUAUAAUAACGAGAAAUG